GGUGAUUGAUAAUGCAGAUGCAAGAACAGGUAAAGUGUUGAUUGUUCAAUGGCAGCAAUUCUAGCUUCACUUCCAAACCACAACCUCUUCUCCUCUCUCCCAACCACCUCUCAAACCACCAAACAAUCACCUCCUUCUUUCUCCCCUCCAAUCCCACCUCCCAAAUAUCCUCCCAAAAAAACAUCCCAACUUUCAAAACCAAAACCACAAAUACAAUCCAAGCACCCUGCAUUCACCAAAAUCCCCCACAACAAAACCAAAUACUUCAAACCCAUCUCUCCUUCCCCCACCAAUGCCGAAGCCGAUGCCGAAACCAAUGAUGACGAACGUUCCAUUGUAAUCGGUGAUUCUGGGGUGUCUUACCUUCUUCCAGGAGCUCCAUUUGAGUUCAAAUUCAGCUACUCUGAAACCCCAAAAGCCAAACCUUUAGCAAUUAGGGAACCCCCUUUCUUACCCUUUGCUCCCCCUUCAAUGCCUCGCCCCUGGACUGGUAAACCACCCUUGAAAAGUAAAGCUCAGAAAUUGAUGAAAAAGAAUAUUCCUUUGUUUCAAUCUUUCAAUCCUACUCCUACUCCUGGAAUCAAUGCUGUUAAGACCCUUCAAAUGGGUGUUCCUUUUAAACUUGGGGAGUUUUCUAAAGAUGGUAGAAGUAGAAAGGAGAUUCUUGGGGAACCCUUGUCUAGAGCUGAGAUUAAAGCUCUUGUUAAGCCUCUUAUUUCUGAUAAUCGUCAGGUUAAUCUUGGAAGAGAUGGGUUGACGCACAAUAUGUUGGAGUUGGUACAUUCUCAUUGGAAGAGGCAGAAAGUCUGUAAAGUGAAAUGCAAGGGUGUUCCAACUGUUGACAUGAAUAAUGUGUGCAAAUGUCUUGAGGAGAAAACAGGGGGGAAGAUUAUUCAUCGUGCCGGUGGUGUAGUUUACCUAUUCCGUGGCCGGAAUUACAACUACCGCACUCGCCCGCAAUAUCCCAUAAUGCUUUGGAAGCCAGCUGCCCCAGUUUAUCCGAAACUCAUUCAAGAUGCUCCUGAAGGUUUGACAAAACAGGAAGCGGAUGAGUCAAGGCAAAAAGGAAAAACUCUUCUGGCAAUAUGUAAACUAGCAAAGAACGGAGUCUACGAUAACCUAGUAAAGGAAGUGAGACAAGCUUUUGAAGGAAGUGAACUCGUUAAGAUUGAUUGCCGAGGAUUAGAUCCCAGUGAUUACAAGAAGAUUGGGGCAAAACUAAUGGAAUUGGUUCCCUGUGUGCUGCUUUCUUUUGAUGAGGAACAGAUACUAAUGUGGAGAGGACAUGGCUGGAAGUCCAUGUACCCGGACACUCCAACAGCCUUGUUGACUUUGGAUCCUACUAUAAGUGGUUUUGAUGAUUCAGAUAAAUCAAGAGAACCCAAAACAGUAAGCUCAAGCCCAAGAAUGAUGUCACUGUGGACACGAGCAAUAGAGUCAAACAAGGCUGUUUUACUAGAUGAGACUGAUCUCAGUCCAGAUGCUCUUCUGGAAAGGGUGGAGGAAUUCGAGAGGAUGACACAAGCUACUGAACAUUCGUAUCCUGCGCUGGUGCAUCUGGAUGAGGAUAAAAUGUCAAAUGCAGAAUCAGAAACAGAAGACGAAGUCUUUAAUGAUGACGAAGAAUAUGAUAAUAAUUCCAUCGAUGAAGCAGAAGAAUUCGACGAUUAUGGGGAAGAUCUGUUUGAGAAGGCAGAAUUACCUGGCCCUCUAGGCUCAUUACCAAUUGAUCAUAUUGUAGAGCGACUGCACAAACAAAAGGAAUAACUACUUUGGAUAGAAGGAUUACACCAAAUUAAUAUCUUCAUUUUGAUUGAUAAUUACAAUCUACAGGUGUAGGGAGUUUGUCUUAUCCCAUGUAUGUUAAUCGUCUGUCUUGUAAAAAAAUAAUGUGCAUAUGAAUGACAAAUUUUACUAAUGACAAAUAA